UCAGAACAUAUAAAUUCUCUAUCCGCUCUCUCAACCCUUUCUCUAUCUUCUGUUCCACUACCACUACCUCCUUUCCUCUGCAUCCGUCUCGCCUUGAUCUAAACAUUCUCUUCUACCGACGAUGCGAAGCUCAUCUGCAGCAACUGUCGUCCUCGUUCUCACUGCCGUGCGGCACACGUCCGCCGGCGCCAUAGAAGGGCUGGUCACACGCAACGAUAACUCGUACAAGACCGAGAACUGUUUCUGUCCUUCUGGUCCAUUCGUCGUCAAUAACAAGCCUUGUGGCUCCUUCCAGCGAUCUGACAAUGCUUGCUUUUGUGAGAGUGAAAUCCCGGAUGUCGUCGCUUCCAGCGACCAUCCUACGAUCACAACCGCCAAAGACAACGGCUUCGACUGGGAUUCCAUUUCAUCGGCACUAGGAAACAUGUGGGACCGCUCCUCGGACGACGACAAGAAGACGUGCACCCGGCCUGCCAAUGCCGUGCCUGCCUGUUCGCGAGACAACAUCUGCGGGUACACUUGCCCGUCCGGCCUCAAAGACUGCGGGACGACCUGCGCGAUGUCUUGCCCUAGUGGCACCAGCCACAAGAAGCGGAGCCUCAACGGAAACGCACCCGAUUACUGGGGAAGCGAGAUGCAGAGAUCGUGCCCGGAAGGAUGGAAGGCGUGCGGUAUCGCUGGCGGUGGGAAACGUGCUUGGGAAUGCGUUGAUGUGAAGAGAGACUUGGAGAGCUGCGGCGGCUGCCCUUUCGGAAUCACCUCCUCUUUGUCUGGCGAAUCUACCGGAAAGGACUGCACCGGGUUGCGGGACGUUUCCGAUGUUGCUUGCAUCAACGGUCGCUGCGUCGUUCAACGCUGCUUGCCCGGCCACAAGCUCUCGUCGACCGGUCACUAUUGCGUGGAGGACAAGGGCAGUGUGAGCAGCGGUGAGAUCACCGUCCUCACCGGCACGGGCUCGCUCCCGCAGCCGUUCUCGGUGCAUCGCGUCGGUCUGUACCAUCCGUCAUCGCCCCAGUGAUUCUUUCUUUCCCCCGAUCGUUUUGGGCUUGAGGAUUUCGUGUUGUUCCGCGCUGUGUCCUUAUAAAUGCAAUCUGUCUGUUUUGGAUCCGCCUCUCUGCUACCGGUAGAAUUUUCGAGUGCAAUGCAAUUGUCUGUCCGAUUGUUACCAUACGCGAGACGACAGAACGAACAGCUACGGUCUCGAGUAGAGCAACAUGGCGGCUACAGUCGUUGUCUCGAGAAGCCCUGCGCGAAGCGCAUCCGCCGAGAUCUCCAUGACCAAGUUGUCUCCGCCUCUCUCCACUCUGGCGAGAAGCUGAGGUAUAUCCGACCGCUGAUGCUCAUUCCAUACAUACAUCUGUGUGUGCAUUUAUCAAUCCGUCGUUGAACACAAUAUCGAAACACUUGCGCAAUAAACGUCGCUCUGAAGAACCCAAGCAUACUGUCCCCCAUAGACGGUCAUGGCCCGAUAACUCGAAUCCAUGGCAUCAGCAAUAUGGAUGGAUGUAUAACAGGGAGACAUCGGCGCACCUGCCGUCGGGCGACCGGUUGAGCCACCCAUCGACCCGUUGCCUGCUGACCGGCUCUCUCGAGCCCGGGUGCAUUGCAGGGAUGUGGACCACGGGACCAGAUGUUUGCGCCCAUUCGAUCGAAGCGACAGUCACGCCUCGAUUGGUGCGGAACAGCGUCAUGCUCGGGCUUUGUGCAUAUCCGAGCUGGCUGUACUGCGAGACGAUGUGGAAGUAGGGGGUGCAGCCGUCCGCGCCGACCACGGUGCAGUUGAGGAACGACAAAGAGGCGAGGGUGCCGGGAAUCCGCCGCGGAAUGAAUGUCAGGACGAGCGUGGAUGACUGACUGGGAGUGGAGGCAGUGGUAUACGACAUGCUGACAGUUUGAGUGCGAAAUCUCUGCUUCUCCAGGAGCAGACAGAGACGAAGACACUUAUAAGAACGCUCGCAAAAAGCCCAGAUCGUUUCAGAACAGACGAUGCGGAGCCCUGAGCCCUCCUGGAACGAAAAUAUCAACCUGGGCUGGACUGACACUCGCUUCAUGCAAACAGAGAUCCGCAGUGACUCUUUCAGCACCGCCAGUAGUUGUUCAACAUCGCUAAGCUCAGGGUGCAUCAUCCGCAGACCCCAAGCUCCAAUCCGUGAACUCGGACAGCACCGCCCGAGGGACGAGGCUGCAUUCAGAACGUCAACACAGCGAGGGUGUCCUGUGCACACCAAGAUUGAGGUGUCCGCGGAGGUUCGCUGUAGUCUGAGUCGGAGUUUUCUCGUUUCGGGUGAUUCCGAGCACCGGCAGGGUCUCGUGCAAGUCGAUAAUGUCCGCAAUUGGCCUUGACGAAGUGCAUCAACGAUUAGGCUGCACGCAACACAGCUGCUGAUCAAGUACCUUAGCGGACUGAAACACCGAAGCGUAACAGGAUUCAGCAGCGCAGUCCUUCCGUGGCCAUCCAUCCCCGAUGCACACCGGGAACCCCGCCCAUCAUACAGCCUACAUCAGCUGGGGUUCGAAGAUGACGACUGUGCGGAAGUAAAAGGCCGUCGAUGCAGUGCGAUCGACAUAGCGAAGCAAGGCUGCCCAAGCCAGAUGCGGCGUUUCAGAGGCGCAGAAAUCGACAUAGGUUUGGCCAGCAGUCCGCAGCCUGCGUCAUUCCAGUCAAACUUGGCCGUCAGGGCGCAAGGGAUGAUAUUGUUUGUUGUUUUGGAAAGCGAUGCCGAGGCGAUGUCGGAGACAAUUCGAGUACACAUCUCUCUUUCGGUCCAAAUAUACACCCAUCCAGUUGGCGAAUGUGUCUAGUGACUCGCAAGUCUAUUGGUCCCAUUGGGCCAAGGAGAGGUUUGGCGGUGAUGCUAAUAAACGCACCUGGAGGGAGAUGAUGGGAACAAAGAUCUGUGAUUCCCACAGCCACCAUUGGCUUCUGACCGCUCAGACUGCCAUUUAUACAGCGCUGUUGUCUUCUUAUAAUGACUUCAACCACGCAUUGCCUGAGGAACCCAGCACAUGGCCGAGGAAGGGACAUAGACCGCUUCUUGUCGCUAGAUACCGCUGGGGGAGAUCCAUCUUGGCAGAUUCAUUACACUGGACAGAUCGACAGGUUUGACAUGUGUCCAGAGAUUCUCCAGUCUCCAGCCGAUUCGGCGCACGAAGCCUAUUAGCCUUUGACUCUUUCCUCCACGACCUAAGCACGACAAGACAUGUCUACGUCUACAUCUACAUACUACGGGCCCACAAACGAGACGUCGUCGGAUAUCAACUAUGAGCGCAAUUUCGUUGCAGGCGAUGUGAUCGUCGGGACUGGCUAUGGGGCGCAGCUCGUUCUCUUUGCCAACUGUGCUCUUUUCCUGUGGAAACGCAGGAGGAACCGCCAAUCGAUGUAUCUUCUGGCCUACAUGUCUCUGAUGCUCCUCAUCGAGUCGCUGUUCGUGGCGGUUCAAGCGAGGACUGUGCAAAUGAUCUACAUCGACAACCGGAACUAUCCUGGUGGCCCAUGGAAGUUCUUUUUGAUCUCACAGACCGCUGUGGUCAAUGUGAUGUUUUAUGCUACGCUCUUUCUGCUCACGUUCCUUUCUGAUCUUCUCGUCUUGUGGCGUUGCUGGGUCAUCUGGUGUGCAUCCGGACGACGAGUCGUGGCUUGGAUUGCAAUUUCACUGCCUGUGCUAUUACUGUUUGCUUCUUUCGUCAUGGGCACCCUCUGGACUCUAGAAUCAUCACAGCCCAAUCUGUCGCUCUACAGCAAGCUCCCCAUGAGCUACGGAACAUCCUACUAUGCCAUCUCCCUCGGCGUGAAUAUCAUUCUCACCGCUCUCAUCAGCGGCCGGCUGGUGAGCUACCGUCGAACGCUGGCAGCAAAUCUUUCGCCCGAACUCGCCGGGCAUUACAUCUCGCUUGCGACCAUCAUCAUCGAGUCUGCUGCUCUCUACUCUGUAUUUGCCAUCCUCUUCUUGAUCACCUAUGCGAUCAACAAUCCGACGAACCAAAUCUGGCUUGGCGUUGCGUCCAGCUGCCAGCAAAUCGGGAACCAGCUGAUCAUAUUCCGGGUCGCGGAUGGGAGUGCCUGGCAGCGUGAUACGUUGACUAACACAGCUCCCAUCCACUUCAAGUCAGGAACCGGCCAGCAUGUUUCAACCAAUAUCGGCAGCUUCCAUAUCGCGGCUCCGGCAGAUCCCGAGCUUGCACUGAAAGACCGCACGAACGUCUAG